UUGGCCGGUAACAUAUGCACAAUUAAGAGAAAAGGUUUCAUAUGGGACCCAAAUAAAAAAAAAUGAAUGUAAAAACCAUGUGAUUAAGAAUUACACUGGAGCAUUGUACAAGAUUAUAGGAAAUACAAAGUUACCAUUAUUUGGCCGGAAGAUUCUCAAGCCAAAAUUACAAAAACUUACAGCGGUUUCAAGAAAGAUAAUUAUGGAAGCUGAUCAUAAUUCAAUGAGAGAGGAUCUCAAAAAUGGCCCAUCUCAUGUAUUUGGCUGCCACCAAGAUUGUAAGGCAUAUUAUUGUCGAUUCUGCCAGAACAGUGAUGAAAAAGACACAAAUUCUUUAGACGACCUUAAAACUAAGGCACCUGCAGUUUGGGCCCACAUUUGUGCAGCAAACGAGGCAGUCAUGUCAAAAUGCCAUCGACUAUCAAACAACACAACAAAUGUUGUUGAAAAUUUCAUGAGUGUUGUCAGCAAAUUUGUCUGCGGGAAAAGAUUGAGUCUGUACAAGGGUGGCUCAUAUCAGCGAAGAGUAUAUAUUGCUGGUCUCUCGCACUCUCGUGGUCAGAAAUGGCACACAAAUGCUUGGAAGAAACAUAUAAGAAGUAGCCCUGGACAAACUUUUAAAAAGUACAUUGCCCAAUCGGAAAAGUCCAAGGAAAGGCGCAAAAAAUACAUUCGCAGGCGACUUUUUGCGCCUAAACCCAAAACUGACCACAAUUAUGGUCCAAACGCCAAAGAUGUAGAUGAGUCAGUUUUAGGGAAAGAUCUAAAGGAAGCGUGUCUUCUAAAACUGAAAGACUUCGAAACGACAAUAGAUCAAAUAAAAUAUAUUGAAAGUGCAACAAUUGGACAACACGAUAAUGAUGUCUACACUACAUAUAGAUGCGACAGGCUUACCGCUAGUCAGUUCGGAAUGAUAUGCAAGCGAAAAUCUACAACACCAUGCCAUAACCAAGUGAAGAGUGUUUUAUAUAAAAACAAUAUCUUGACCAAUGACAUGGCCUACGGCCAAAACCAUGAAUCAGUGGCCAGAACCUUGUUCAUAGAAAAAAUGAACAAAGCCGUACGGCCUGCUGGGUUAUAUAUUGAUGAAGAAUUUGGUUUUCUUGGAGCUAGCCCAGAUGGAGUAAUAGAAGAAGAAAAAAAAUGUUUUCCUUCAUUGGCUCGCAACAAUCAAGACAUUUUUUCUGCGGCCAAAGAUCGUAAAAACUUUCCCCUUUUGGUUGAUGACACUGGUGCAUUACAAAUAAAUAAAAAACACAACUAUUACUAUCAGAUCCAGGGUCAACUGCGGGUUUCAAAAAUGAUGAAAUGUUACUUCAUUGGCUAUGUUUCUCCAAGUUUUGACAUCACAGUGUUGGAAGUACAGCGUGACGAAAAUUUCAUUAAAAAUAUGAUGCCAAAAUUAGUAACAUUUUAUAAAAAUUGUAUUUUGCCAGAGGUAGUACUUCGAAGAGUAACAAAAAAACAAAAAUGUAUUGAUAUUUCAAUUAUGUGGUAGCAAUUAUUUUAUUACUACUUAGUGAACAAGCGCGCUGUUUGCUUUGCAUUGUAUAAAGUAGUGACAAUCAGAAAGAGAUAAAUAUUAUAUCCUAAUCUGAAUAAACGAAAUCUGAAUCUUACUUCAAAUAUCAAUAAUUUUCGUUAGCCUGUUUGAUAUAGCCGUUUGUAAAUAAAUAACAUAAAAUAACAAUAUAACUUACUGCAAACUUAA